AUGAUGGCCUCACGCAUCUUGUCUCGUUUCACACCCUCCGCUGAUGAUGGCGCCUAUGCAGACGACUAUGGACGCGACCACGGCCCAACGUCCGAUCGAGCUGAACGAGGGCUGAGAGACUCAUCCGACGAGCAUGAGCUUAAUGCCCUUAUUGCUGAAGACGUUGAAGCCGACCUCGACUUCUAUCCGCGCCAGCCUUCAUCAUCCCGACCUCACGCAGACGAUGUUCCAGGCUCACUACUCAUGGAAGAUAAGGCCGACCAGAGCACAUUCGCUCCACCACCAAGCCAUCGCACCGAGACACAAUGGAGAAAGACCCAAGAAAGGCAACAACUACAUCCUGACGAUCGGCCUCGCCCUGCCAUCUCGCACCCACCCAAUCAAGAUGCUGUUCUCCGAGAGCAAGCCAUGUGGCUCUGGACAAAUGUUCAGAACUUGGAUGCCUUCCUACUUGAGGUCUAUGAAUACUUCACUGGACACGGCGUAUGGUCCAUAUUGUUAUCACGCUUUAUUCACCUUGCCACAGCCGCCUUCCUCUUCAGCCUCUCCAUGUUUCUCUCGACUUGCGUAGAUUAUACCAAGAUUCCCACUAGCAAGGGGACCCCGGAAGUUCUGAUACCUCAGUGUAUGAAGAAGUCGACGUGGACAAAGAGUUUGUUACUUUGGGCAUUUUGCUUCUGGUGGAUCAAAACCUUGUUUGGUUACAUCGCCGACAUUCCCAGGUUGCGCAGAAUGGAGAUGUUCUACCAACACCUGCUUGGCAUACCCGACUCCGACAUUCAGGCCGUGUCGUGGGAGAGAGUAGUCCAGAGUCUCAUGAAACUUCGUCCCCUCAAUCCAGAAACUGCCGACACGGUACCCAAGUACUUGAAGGCCGCAGGCAAGCAGACAAAGCAAAAGAUGGAUGCUCAUGAUAUCGCCAACCGCCUGAUGCGUCGCGACAAUUACAGCAUUGCCCUCUUUAACAAAGAGAUCAUUGACCUGACUCUCUCGAUACCUAUCCUUGGCAACCGCCAGUACUACUCCAAGAGUCUGGAAUUCUGCCUCAACACUUGUUUCAAUAAUUUCAUCUUUGAUAAGCAAGGCCAAGUUGACCCACAGUGUCUGCAAAGAAGAGAUAGACAUCGCCUGAUCCAGACCCUACGCCAGCGUCUUCGUCAGGUCGCCAUUAUGAGCAUCUUCAUGGCCCCUUUCACUAUCACUCUGCACUGUAUCUACUAUUUCUCACGAUAUUAUGCUGAAUUCCGUGCUAGCCCUUCGGCCAUUGGAGCUCGUACUUUCACCCCUCUAGCGGAAUGGAAGUUUCGCGAGUUCAACGAACUUGAUCAUGAUUUUCGCCAUCGUAUCAAGCAGGCGCAUCCUAUGGCAGCAGCUUACCUCGACCAGUUUCCUAGAGACAAAACCCACCAGUUCUUGCAAUUUAUCAGUCUUGUUAGUGGUACUCUAGCAGGCCUGUUGACCAUCGCUACCCUAUGGGAUUCCGAGCUCUUCCUUGGUUUUGAAAUCACACCUGGCCGUACGGCUUUCUUCUAUGUCUCUAUACUACUGGCAGUGGCUACAGGAGCACGUAGCGCCAUCCCUGACGAGAGCAAAGUACACGAACCUAUGUUCCAUCUGAGGAAUGUGAUCGGCGCUAUACACUACUGUCCUGCCAGGUGGAAGAACCAGCUACACAGCGACGAAGUCCGCGUUGAAUUCUCUGCGCUGUAUCAGAUGAAGGUCAUGAUUUUCCUUGAAGAAAUCCUAAGUCUUCUGAUCGCCCCUUUCAUCCUGUGGAGAAACUCUGGAAAGCGAAGUGAGAUGAUCAUCGAUUUCUUCCGCAACUCUACAGUGCAAGUCGACGGCCUUGGCCAUCUGUGUACAUUCGCCGUUUUCGAGUUCAGAAAGAGCAAGAAUGUUGAAGACGAUGUGGGUAAAGACAUUGAUGGACUUCGUGAGGAUUACUUUGGUACCAAGGAUGACAAGAUGGCCAUGUCGCAAUAUUAUUUCAUGGAACGGAUUGACAAGUAUGACAGGCAGCAGGCCUUCCGUCAAAAUCGUCCUCAGGGAAUCCAACUGCCACCAGCGUUCCCGCCGCUAGAAGCUCCGACGCGACAGACUGCCGCUGACAAAAGCAGGAAUGCAAGAGAUCCGCCAUCACAUCAUCAACUCUCACCGCAUCAGUCUCUGCUAUUGGACGUACCGCGACAGAAAACCGCUCUCUCGACAACCAAGCGCCUUGGAGAGCAGCGAUUGACACAGCUACGCGGAGGUGGUAAACGCCCGAGUGCGCCUGCAUAUCAGAGUCCUGAUGAGGGCGAAGAAGAUCAAAUGGCAGGCCUGGAUGCUUUGACCACGAGCAGGCUUAUUGAGCAAGACGAAGACUUAACCGAGUCAUGGAAGGCAUUUGGCGAAGGGGACGACAUGGAAGAACCGGAGGCGGUCAACGAGCGCCGUCCAAACAACGGAGUCUUGGGACUUCUUGCCGAGUUCUCGAAGGCUCAAGCUGGAGGCAACGGACCCAAGCUGGGUUGA